ACUGUUUUUGUAACAUGAUAUAAUUUAUUUCCUAGUUCACUUACAGAAGACAUGGCUACCGCAGAUUUAUGUGGCAGUCAUUUCUUCAUUAUUGUUGAUAUUUUUUCUUGUAAUUUAACUAAACAUCUUUUUUGUUUUCAUCAAAUGACUCUAACAACGCUGAAAAAAAACAAUUGUCUUAUUUACUUUUACAUUGGAAGAGGGUUAAAAUCUUCAUUCAAACUGAGAUUCUGAAAGUGUCACCGUUAUAUCAGAAUCAAUAACAGGUAGGUAUUAUUGGUCGAUAUAGUUUAGUGGAACUCAGCGAUCGGUGGUACAAUUUUAGUUAUCACUGUCGUCUAAUUCAAGUUUUGGACCACUUUAUUUUAUUGUCUAAAAAAAUGAUAUUCACUUGCUGACAACGUUUUGGAGGUAAUAUCGUUUAACUGGUUUGCCAGCCAAACUUUUAACUGUAAGGAUAUUGUGAAAUUACUACAUUUCACAGCUUUGCGUCUGCAGCCCAGUUAAGGUGCAAACGAAAUACUGUGGCUUUCAUUAAAUGAGUAAGGAAUUGUUUACAUUUAUUGACAUGUUUGCAGAACAUGUCAGUCAAUAUAAGACCGAGAAGAUGUAAAAUAAUCGUCAGUACUCUAAAUGCUGGGUGAUAGUACAAAUUGUUACAGUUUAGCACGGUCUCCUCUUGAAGUGAGGUAUGUUUUGGUUAUAUUUCAAUAUAUUCUUGAAUAUUUCUUCACAUACAAAGAAUUAUUAUUGUUUUGAAGAGAUCAUAGAGAAAGACAUUUUCUAAUACGUUUAUUUACGUUUGUCGCGUUUUGAUCAGGUAACGACACAGCCACCAAUUUUUUGUUUUACAAACAUCUGCGUUGAGGACCCCGUUUUACUGUCACUAGUUAAUCUUAAUGCGGCUCAUUUUGUUUUUAAAUUUGUUUCCCUUCGUCACCAGCGUGCGAACUGUUUCCCAGUAGAGAACACACAGAUAAAUACUGUAGAUAUGAAUCAUUCCUCUCUAUUUGGACACGUAAAUUCUACGUAAAGCAACACCAUCAGAUAUAUGAUUUAAAUUGUACUAAAUAUGAUGAUAUUUAGUAAGCAACCUCAUUGUUCAGCGACACUUACUGUGGGUAGUGUCGCUAAACAAUGAACAAAGUUCAGAAACAGUGCGGUUGCAUUGCAGGAUCUGAUCCAAAAACACAUACUAGGCUAGAAGGGUUAAUAAAUCCCAUUACAGGAACUAGAGAGUCAAUUCCAUUGUUUUUCUGAUCAGUGAUGGUUACAACAAGCAGAUACCUUCCACUUGGGUUUACAUUGUGGCUGUUCAUGAGAUGAAAUUAUGAUAUCUCAUGAUAAAUGGUGAACCUGAAUGUGAAUGGGAUUGUGUUACUCAUGGGUUUUGCUCCAAUACAGUGUUUUCGAAGCGCACUGAACACUCUCUGUAGAAACUUGUUUAAAAACAUAAUUUUCACAUGGAACAUUGAACAUGUUUGCUUCAAAUGAGAUUUAUAGUAAAGUUUUGCAAACGGUUUUGUCACAUAGUUAGCAUUUUUCAACAGGCAUUGAUGCAGUCACCUACAAUUUAGAAACAAAUGCGGCGCACAUAGAUUUCAACCAGUUAUUUUAGCCACCAGUUAAUCUAUAACAGCGGUAACAGAGUCAGACUGGCAGCUAAACAAGGAUGAUUUCCCAGGUAUUGGAUGACCUUAAGGAAGAGGAUGAAGAGGAGGAGGAAGAUGAAGAGGGCAGUGUUAACCCUACAGAGGUGAAGAUGAGUCAGAUAGUCAUGCCCUGCCACUGUAACCAUCGGAAGGAGCUGAGUGUGGGACAGCUGCUGAAAUGGAUGGACUCCACCGCCUGCCUCUCAGCUGAGAGGCAUGCUGGAAGUCUCUGUGUCACCGCCUCCAUGGAUGACAUCCACUUUGAACACACCAUCAGCAUGGGUCAGGUGGUGAAUAUCAGGGCAAAGGUCAACAGAGCCUUCAACACCAGCAUGGAGGUGGGGAUCCAUGUGAGCUGUGAAGACCUGUUCUCUGAUCGCCACUGGAGGGUGUGCCAUUCCUACGCCACCUUUGUGACCCAACGAACCAAUACUGGACAAAAAGUGACGCUGAGGCCAGUUGUUCCUCAGACGCAGACGGAGCAUGUGGAGUACAGCGUGGCAGCCGAGCGAAGACGGGUCCGGAUGCUGCACGGCGACAUCAUCAAAGAACUUCUGUUCAGUGGCUCUGUGGAGGAGGCUGACAGCUCUGCAGUGUGUAGCGGGGUGGCAGCAGAGAAGACCAGGGUGGAGAGUGUUGAACUGGUUCUGCCUCCACAUGCAAACCACCAGGUGAAUACAUUUGGAGGACAGAUAAUGGCCUGGAUGGUGAACGUGGCAACAAUUGCUGCCAGCCGCCUGUGCCAGGCUCAUCCGACUCUUCGGGCCAUUGACAUGUUCACUUUCAGAGGACCCUCCCAGGUUGGAGACAGACUCCUGCUCAGGGCUAUAGUCAACAACGCCUUCAAAAACAGUUUGGAGGUGGGGGUACGUGCAGAAGCCUACCAGGAGGAGGGGCCUAACCGGCACAUAAACUCUGCCUUCAUGACCUUUGAGGUUCUUGAUGACAGCGGGAAGCCAUGUACUCUUCCCCGGAUACGACCAGAACCCCUGGAAGGUGAGAGAAGAUUCCAAGAAGCAACAGCCAGGAAAAAAAUCCGCCUGGACAGGAAGUACAUCAUCUCCCGCAAACAGAGUGAAGGUCCUCUGUCUGUUCCAUGGGACCCCAGGAACCAGGUGUAUCUCAGCUACAACAAUGUGUCCGCCCUGAAGAUGCUGGCAGCUAGGAAGAACUGGCGCCUGAGCACAGAGAAAGAUAAGGUCCGUCUGUACACCCUGGAGCAAAAGUCCAUGUUGAGUUUCAGGGUGGAAGCGGAGGUGGAUGUUCCUGCUCACAGAGCCUUUUGUUUGCUUGCUGAACUAAGCAGCAGAACAAGUUGGGACAUGCACUAUAAGAAAUGUGAGCUGAUUCACAGUGUUGAUGAUGAUGACUUUAUUUAUCGUGUGGUGACACCAUCAGUGCAUCAGGCUGCGGGUGGGUCCCCCACCUCAACCAAUCGUGGAGAAGGUGUUCUCCAGGAUUUCAUCCUUUUAGCCUCUAGAAGGAAGCCCUGUGGCCAUGGAGACCCUUAUGUCAUUGCUCUGCGCUCAGUCUCCCUGGCAACCCAUCCUCCCUUUGAAGGAUACAACAGAGGAGAGGUUCUGUGUGCUGGAUUUACCAUACUGGAGACCAACAACAACAUGUCAUUGAUCAGUUAUUAUAACCAGGCGUCUCCAGAGGUCCUUCCUUACAUCUCCACAGAUAUUGCAGGCCUCUCCUCCUCUUUUUAUCACACCUUCUGCUCCUGCAGCCAGUACCUGAGCAGAAACCGACAGCCGACCUCCUCUGAGGAUGCAAACACCAACAGCCCCACCUAUCUGCUGUCAGGGGUAAUGCACAGCACUCCGCUGUAGACAGCAGGGCCAGUUUAUGGGCCAGUUUAUGGGCCAGAUCAUCAGUGUGACGGUUAACACAUGGAACCGUCACACUGAUGUUUUCUGAAAACACAAAUGUUUUUUUUUUUUUUGUUUUUUUUAAAAAUAAUGCUGUGAUGAGAUGCAAACCAAAGAAUAAAACUGAUACUUGAAGCUAUUGACAAAGGUUGGAAAUUGAUUUUGUUCUUUUGUUUCCUUAUAUUAAAAUGUAUUAAACAUACUUAUGUACAUGUAUCUACAUUACGAUGUCACCAGGAGACUCAGAACCCAUCCAAUCACUGAACAGAUGCUUAGAACAGAUAAAUGUGUGGAUGUGCCAAAACUUCCUCCAGCUGAACAAAAACAAAACUGAAGUUAUUAUUUUUGGACCUAAAGAGGAACGAUCUAGAGUCAGUACACAGCUUCAGUUAUUACAACUAAAAACCAGCGAUCAGGCCAGAAACCUGGGAGUAGUGAUGGACUCUGACCUGAACUUUCAGAGCCACAUAAAGACAGUUACAAAGUCGGCCUUCUAUCACCUGAAGAACAUUUCCAGGAUUAAAGGACUAAUGUCUCAGCCAGAUCUAGAGAAACUCAUCCAUGUGUUUCUCUUCAGUCGUAUUGAUUAUUGUAACGGCGUCUUCACAGGUCUGUCCAACAAAUCAAUCAAACAGCUGCAGCUGAUCCAGAAUGCUGCUGCUCGCGUUCUCACUAAAACCAGGAAGAUAGAGCACAUAACACCAGUUUUAAAGUCCCUCCACUGGCUCCCUGUAGCUCAAAGAAUAGACUUAAAUUAAAUAUCUGCUGUUAUUGUAUCAACCUUCCAGAACUCUCAGGUUCUGGUUCUGGUUCUGCUCUGCAUCCCCAGAACCAUAACCAAACGAGGAGAAGUGGCAUUCAGCAUCUAUGCACCAAAAAUCUGGAACAAACUUCCAGAAAACUGUAAAACAGCUGAAACACUGACUUCCUUUAAAUCUCAACUAAAAACCCACUUGUUCAGAGUUUUAUUUGAAACGUAAUCAAUUGCAAAUUUGACGGAGUCUGACUAUGUUGUGUUUUUAUUGUUGAUUCUAUGUUGCAUUGUAUUUUUGUGUUUGAUUUGAUGUAAAGCACUUUGAAAUGCCUUGCUGCUGAAAUGUGCUAUACAAAUAAAGUUUGAUUGAUUGAUUAUGUUUCAUAAAUGACAUUACAGUUCUUAGGAGAGAUGAUGUUUGCUGUACAGAUUCAGGUACUGGGGUACAUCAAUAAAACAUUUUUUU